AUAGCGGGACUGUGGCAGGCAUUCUGACACUAACUGACAUUGACUAACUGCCACUGACAUCCCAAGUGACAUUAAUACAGUGAUCAGUGCUAACAAAAAGCACUGACACUGUACUAAUGGCACUGGGCAGGAAGGGGUUAACAUCUGGGGUGAUCAAAGGGUUAACUGUGUGCUGUGUGUGUUUUACUGUGGGGCUGUGUCAGUGUGUUUCACUGCAAGCACACUGCUUUGGAAGGCUGUGGUGUGCACAGCCAUCCAAAGCAGUGUGGCCGAGCUGACAGGGAGAUCUGUUAGGCUUGCGCGUGCCCUCUGCCCAUAAAUGCAAAAUCAU